CCCAAAAUGGCGGCCGGAACGAAAGUUGACUUCACAGGAUUCAACGACACUCAAGAUGGAAUAUCAGACCAAAUGACCAUGCCAAAAACAAUCACUGUAGACGAACAAGACCCUGAAGAAUCUAUGAAUCAAUCCCAGUCAAGAUCUGGGUCGGGUGGAGGGAUUUUAGACCCGAUGACAGUUCCAGAUCGAAUCGUUAUUAAUGGCGAGCAAGGCGGGUACUUGGCAUCGAAGAAUGAUAUUCCCAGAGAAUUAAAGGAAGAUUUUUUACCGAAUUCUUUCAUGGGAGGCAUGAGCACACCACCGAGGACUCUAACAGUAGAUGAUACGACGUCUGCGUAUUACCCACAUACAAAAUCCACGACAAAACCAAGUAUUAAUACCAAAGAUAGAAGGAAACACGAAGGGAAUAAGUUUGCUGAACAUGUUGACGAUGAAAGUAUACAAUCUGGUUUGGAGAUAAUUGAGGAGGUCAACCCAAGUGCAAUUGACAGUGAUGAGGAGAUCUUUGCACAUGAGUAUGAAGUAGUAGACCUUCGCAAGAGUGUCAUUAGACUGAACAGAAAAGUUGCUAUUAUUGAGAGGGAAAUGGAAAGAAAUGGAACUUUUGGCUUCUGGUCCAAAAUGUUGUUUUUCACAUUAACCAUCGUCAAUCCCCUAAUCUUGACUUGGAUGUUUGGUCGUAGAAGAUAAGUCCGUAGAUUUAAGUCAUUAUACAUGUGAAGUCAAAUUCACGAUGACUCAUGGAAAAGAGUCUUCGAGUCUUGCGACAACAAACCGCACACAGAAUCAAAGCUAUAGAGCAGCAAGGCACUAUGGAUACAAGUGCUGGAUAGGGGCGAUUUGAAUCAAUACGGCUCAACAGACCAAUCGCCAACCCAAAGCUGGAAACUGUCGACAGCAAACACUUGGAGGAUUUGAAAAACGAGAAAGAAAAAUUUGAAAUGAUAGCACCAAUUACUAUAUCACCUGUGCCAAGAAAYACAUGUGUUGUGCUUUCUCCAAAACGAACUGUGAAUACUGCUGGAAGUUGCCAAGCGUCRUUCACCUCAAACAGCUUACAUAAAAGGCUGCCACACUCGCCAACACUAAACAGUUGAGGCACGUCAUUUAUUUUGGCAAGCAGGCACACGUCGUAAACAAAGGCAGUCCAUAAAAAUAUCUGAAGAAAUGCGAAAUUUCUAAAUUGUACAUGACUGGCGAGCAGCGCAAACAUUGCUAUAAUAGCAUUAUUUAUAAGCCAUCUGUAAGACGUCCCAACUGAUGAGAUCCAAAUUACAGCAAAGAUAAUGCCGGUCAAGUAGCCCAGUUUCCCAGUUAUCCAUUGUGUAAACGCGAAAAUCAGGAAGGUUAUCACUGACAAAUGUUGUAAAGCAACCAUAAUAUUGGGAUAGAAUUGAAGAAACAGUACUGUAAAUGCCAUAGUAGCAAAAUAAGAGACGUUUAAAAGCAAAUACCAUAGUAGACUUGGCUUGGAAAUUUCCAGUUCUUUCAUCUCCCUAUUGGGAGAAGUCCUUGAAGUCACUAACUCUUUAGCCGUCAUUAUUGCCUCUACGUUUGAUYCUGAUGUUGAGGAGUCUCGUCCGCGUCGAUUCCUCUCUCCGUAAAAAGCACUAACAAGAGUUAAAGCACACACUGAAGCAUCCAUAAUCCAAAAAUUAUAAAGACUCAUCUUUAUCUCUUUCAGUCCAAUAACACGAGUUUCUAUACUAGCUAUCCUUUCAGUUUCCUAUAGUGACUUCWAACUUUUUCGAGCUCAUGUUUUAUAAUGGUGACGUCGCAUCGCCAAGGCCAAGUCUACGUAUAACGUAUAUUAUUAAUAAUUAAAGAAUAAGCACAAUAGAAGACA